AUGCUCAAGCCCAAGGACCUGUGCCCGCGAGCGGGUACGCGCACUUUCCUGGAGGCCAUGCAGGCUGGCAAAGUGCACUUGGCCCGCUUCGUGCUGGACGCGCUAGACCGCAGCAUCAUCGACUGCCGCGCAGAGCAGGGCCGUACCCCGCUUAUGGUGGCCGUAGGGCUGCCGGACCCCACGAUGCGCGCGCGCUUCGUGCGACUACUGCUCGAGCAGGGUGCGGCCGUGAACCUGCGGGACGAGCGCGGCCGCACGGCCCUCAGCCUGGCAUGCGAACGAGGUCACCUGGACGCCGUGCAGCUGCUGGUGCAGUUCAGCGGCGACCCCGAAGCCGCCGACUCCGCGGGCAACAGCCCUGUGAUGUGGGCGGCGGCGUGCGGCCACGGGGCGGUGCUCGAGUUCCUGGUGCGCUCCUUCCGUCGCCUCGGCCUGCGCCUUGACCGCACCAACCGCGCCGGCCUCACCGCGCUGCAGCUGGCCGCUUCCCGCGGCCACGGAACCUGUGUGCAGGCCCUCACCGGGCCCUGGGGCCGGGCCGCAGCUGCCGCGGCGGCCCGGGGCUCCAACUCCGACAGCCCUCCUGGCCGCCCUGCCCCGGCGCCCAGCCCAGAGCGUCGACGACCCAGCCCCCGCCGCCUACCACGGCCUCUCCUGGCGCGCUUUGCGCGAGCGGCGGGCGGCCACGGCCACGGCCACGGUCACGGUCAUGGUGGCGAGGUUGGCUCAGCCGGUAAGGGCUCGGGCCGGCACCGGGCACAGGGCAGCGAGCGACCCGAGCUGGGCCGGAGCAUGAGCCUAGCGUUGGGUGCCAUGACCGAGGAGGAGACGGCACGCCUACGGGCUGGGGCCCUGAUGGCCCGACCAAACUCACCCCAGUCUUCGGGGACUGGGCGGUGGCGCUCACAGGAGGUGCUGGAGGGAGCGCCCCCAACCAUAGUGCAAGCUCCUAUCGGUCUUAGUCCCCACCCGGAGGGCGGCCCCGGCUCUGGCCGACUGGGUUUGCGCCGACGUUCCACAGCCCCAGACAUCCCUAGCCUGGUCGGGGAGGCUCCAGGGCCGGAGAGUGGCCCGGAGAUGGAGGCCAAUGCUCUGCCCCUCCCGGUGUCCGAGCCAAAGCCUUGGCAGGCGGGCACCGAGGCUGUGGUGCUGCAUGCCCAGCGGUAA